AUGUAUAUAUAUGUACAUUUGCACCCAUUCACUACUACUACUACUACUACUACUACUACUACUACUACUACUACUACUACUACUACUACUACUACUACAACUAAUACUACUAUUACUACUACUACUACUACUACUACUACUACUACUACUACUACUACCACCACUACUACUACUACUACUACUACUACUACUACUACUACUACUACUACUACUACUACUACUACUACUACUACAGUACUAUUGGUACUAUUGAAAUAUUGA